AUGGAUUGGAAUAUUCCAUUAUCUAAAAUUCAUGCCGUAGUAACAGAUAAUGCUGCGAACAUAGUAAAAGCAGUGGAAAUCGUUUUUGGUAAAAAUAAACACGUUGCAUGUUUAGCGCAUUCAAUAAAUCUUAUUCCCGCUAAAAUAUUUGACAAAUUGCCAGAUUUAAAAGUACUGAUUAAUAAAAUUAAGUCAAUAGUAACUUAUUUCAAACAUAGUGUUCUAGCGUCAGAUGAAUUGCGCAAAAAUCAAAGAGCUUCGGGAACUUCUUUGAAAUUAAUUCAGGAGGUUUCUACGCGAUGGUCAUCUACCUACUAUAUGAUUGAAAGAUUUAUGGAAGUAAUUGAUAAUGUAAGUGCAGUUUUGAUUAAUCAGCGCAAUUCUCCGCCUAUGUUAUCUGCGUUUGAAGUAGCUACUGCUCAAGAAAUACUCAAAAUAUUAAAACCGUUAGAAAUGAUUACUGUAGAAAUAUCUAACGAAAAACAUCCUACAAUCAGCAAAGUUAUACCUAUGAUUUAUUUAUUACGUAAUAAAAUUAAUGAGCUAACUCCAGAAUCUGAAAUUGGAAAGCAAUCAAAAAAGUACAUUUUGCAAGAAAUUAAUGUAAGGUUCAAUAAUAUCGAAAACAACGAACUUUAUGCAAUUGCAACAGUGCUUGAUCUGCGAUUUCGUAAAAUAUAUUUUGAAAGUCAAUUAUCAUGCAGUAAUGCAAUUCAUAAAAUUAAUAAGUUGCUUCAAAACACAAAGAAUGAGCAACAAAAUAUCAACAAUAAAACUAAUUUACAUACUGAAGUUGAUCCAACUAGUUUAUGGAGUUCUCACAGCUCAUUAGUUGCAAAGGCUAAUAACUUGAUUUCGGAAAAUGGAUCAGGAUGCUUGCACAGUCAUCUGAAAAAUUAUCUCAACCAAGACGCUCUGCCAUUACAAGCAAAUCCAAUAGAAUAUUGGACUUCGAUAGAAAAUGCUUGUCCGAACUUAAGUAAAAUUGCCCUUAAAUACGUGUCUACUAUAGCGACAUCAGUUCCUUCGGAACGACUUUUUUCGCGCACUGGUAACAUAAUGACAGACAAUCGUAACCGCUUAAAAGGCGAUAGGCUUUCUAGAUUGCUGUUUUUGAGUUCUCUUGAUAUAGCAGAUUGGCACCUUUCUGAUUAA